UUUACACUACAGGUGAAUGGAAACGAGACGAAGUCAGAGACGCGGACUUUAGGGCUUCUGUAGUGAGAGGAAAGGGCGUGGAGGAUGUCGGUGGUGAGCUAGAGCACCAUGGCGCCCACAGCGGGUCAGAACACCUCGGCCUCCGCCCACCAGCAGACGAGAAAUGGCACCAAAGUGUUUAGGAUUGUGGUGCUGGGAGAGGGUGGGGUCGGGAAGUCGGCUUUGACGCUACAGUUCGUGAGUCACAGCUUUCUGGAGUACCAUGACCCAACUAUUGAAGAUGCAUAUCAGAGACAAGCUGUUAUUGACGGAGAGCCGGCCCUGCUCGACAUACUGGACACGGCUGGCCAGAUUGAAUUCACUGCCAUGCGGGAUCAGUACAUGCGCUGUGGUGAAGGCUUCUUGAUCUGUUACUCGCUGACUGACCGUCGAAGCUUCGAGGAGGUGGCAGGAUACCGGAAGCUGAUUGCCAAAGUGCGUGGCUCCUCAGACUCCAUUCCCAUUGUCUUGGUGGGCAAUAAGGUCGAUUUGGAUGAUCCGGUGCACAGGAAGGUCUCGACCGAAGAAGGCCAAGCCCUCGCCCAGUCCAUGGGCUGUCCCUUCUUCGAAACGUCGGCUGCUCUGAGGCAAUACGUUGACGAUGCAUUCCACAUGCUCGUGCGGGAGAUUCGUCGCAAGCAGAAGGAAGCAGCUGGAGGCGAGAACCAGGGCAGGAGCCGGUCCCUCUCGCGCUGGAGAAGGUUCAAAAACAUAUUCCUGUGGAUUUUCCGGCGGCCUCGGUACAAGUAGAAGCGGAAUCGGGUGUCACCAGCGGGGAUUGACGAUUUAGAGCUUACAGGUAUAUAGGGUUAUACAAUGUGGUUCUUCCAUAAGUGCUUGUGAGAGUAUGCCUAGUGCCAUAAUAAGAAAUAAAAGAGAGGAAGUAAGAGAAAAAGACUUCUCAGUAGAUCUAGGAAUAUUUACAUAAUUCAUUCACACUACACAGUUCACGUGCUGUGCUUCGCGCCAGGUGGAGAAAUUACUGAAAAGAGGAAACCAAUAAGGAUGAAAAAUACAAAUGAUGUUGCUCAGAUGUCAUCAUGGAGAAGACAUUGAUUUUGUGGUAUGCAUUUUGUAUGGGAUUGUUAAAUGUAGAGUUAGAUUCAGAAUAAGGAAAGAGGGUUUAUACUGACAAUUUAUAUGGAUGGAUGAAUUUUUAUUCUCUCUCUCUCUUACUCUGUGGUCUUUGUCCAUGAAGGAGAGAAUGAAACAUAGAUUUAUUGAUUGUAUUAUGGCAUAUGAAACAUAGUAAAAUUUAUUUAUGCAAAAUUAAGAGAUAAAUGGAGAUGUGAUAUUCUUCAUUUAGAUUAUGUUUCUCAAACAUCAGGACAUCUUAGGAUUAUUCUUUUGAAAAAGAAUAAGUUUCAGAUUUACUCUAGUUCUAGAUCACAGGAGAUAUUUGACAAGUAUGCAAGAUCCUUCGUUAUUCAUUUUGAAGUUUAAAAAGCAAAACUUUUUGAAAGGAGCAAGGUGCUGUCUUUUUUACACUGUAUAUACCGAUAGGCCUUAUCAAGGGGAUUAUUAUAUGAUACCAUGUUCUUGUGCUUUUAAUGCCAGUGUGAUGUAAUAUAUAUAUGUAAAUAAGAGUGAUACACUGCCUGGUCUUGACCCAUGAUAAAGGUGUCUCACUUACACAUCCGGUUGUAGUAGUUAGCAAUAAGCAUCCGCGGCGUCUAAAACAACGAAAUUCUACUGAAACCAUGAAAACACUCACUUUUGAGGCAUGGGUGUUAGGAACAUGCUCUCCUUGGUAUUCUACAGCAGUAUUCCGGUAUGAGCUCCAAUGCCUCCUCUCAGGUGGGGGAUGGGACGUGACUGGCGGCGGUGCUUAGGCCGUGCUCCAGGUGCUGAGGAGUUUUUUUUUUUUUUUUUUGUAGGCAAGGACAUCGGAGUCUCAUUUUACGGUGUAGAGAGAUCACCAGAGUUACGUCUAGGGAGUUUUAGGUUUGUCUCUGUUUUGCCCUUUUAUUUGUAAUUCAUUAAUUUAUUUUAUAGUCUUGUGAUCACUCAAGACAAGCUUCUGAAUUUUUUUUUUUUUCUUUUUUUUUUUUCUAACAUAUUCAUUUUCAUUUAGGAAAUCCGUAAUUUGCUAAGAUUGAAACACUGGUUUUGUUAAUCUUUGUUAUAUGGGGCUUAGCACACACUCUCUCUUGCUGUAACAUGAACUGGAGUUUGAAGUGAACUGUUUCUAUUAUAUUUGCCUUUGAGAUCUGUGAGAGAAACGAAAUGAUUGUUUUAUUUGAUCUAUAUCUUUAUGAUGAUCAAUAAUUUUUAAGGUUUUAUCUAAAAUGUAUUGUAUUGUUAUUUCAGAUGUGUAUUAAGGGAGAAAAAUAUUAUAUGAGAGGAAGGGAUAUUUGUGAUAUUGCUAGGUGAAUAUGAUAAUGAGAUUCAUACAUGUUAAGAUACAUUUUAAAAUUUUAUUUCUUCAUAUACUUCAAGGUAAAUUGUCAAGAUCAGACUGAACCUAGAAUGAGAUCUAUAAGCUGAAAUAUAGAUAUAUAUAUAUACUUAUAUUAUUUAUGUAUGUAAGAAAUGAAAAGGAUUCAUUCUGCUUGUCUCUAAAUACUUGCCCCCUCAGUGCUGAUAGACUUCACAAAAUACUUUUGUUCGCACAAGAUCGGUUGUGUAAUCAUUGAAGAUUUAGUUAUACCAGAGUUUAUUAGGAAGUGAUGCUAGUCAUAUAAAUGAAGGGACAAAAAGAGAUACAAAAAGUGUUACAUCCAUAUAUAGUUAUUGUAUAUAUAAAAGAGAAAAGCCUUUCCUAGGAAAUAUACUCAAAUGAUUAAGGAUUGUACUAGUGUCAGUCUUCUGAAAGAGAAGGGAGCAUUUUUUUUUUUUUCUUGUUCUUUUUAAAUAGAAAUUAUGAUUUAUGCUUUGUGAGGUAUAUUUUAUCUCAGUCACCUACCUAUUUUAGGCAGCAUUAAGAGUCCUUGCAUUAUGUUGUGUGAAAGCACUGAGAGUUCUGAGCCCUCAGUUAGGUAUUUUGUCCUCAGUGUCACUUCCAUGUUGGCAUUAGGGCGUUGGUUUGCAUUGAUUCUCAGCACUUUGAUUGCAUCUUUGGUGGAAGCAGUAGUCUGUAAUGCUGCAGGGUUAACAAAUCUAUGAGGAAUGGUAUUGCUGUAAUGGAUGGGAACAUUUUGGACUGGAGUUUAGGGGAGCUACCGCUUUCUACUUGAAUAUGCUGUGAGUUUUGUUCAAUUUCAGCGAGGUUUAGCACACGUUUAGGGGACUGUGAGGGAUGAGUUGGGUAAGUGAUUUCUGAGCUAGGGUACAAAUUAGAGUGAACUUGGUGUCACUUCUUAAGAACAGAAAGUGUUUCUUGUAUCCAUACUCGUAGAAUUUUGAUGGCACCAAAAAAGACUGUGAGUGGGUUGAUAAUCAUUUUUAGAAACAAUCCUUACAUGACAGGUAGGUAUUGAGUUUACAUUUUGAGAAAGCAUUCAAAGAUUUUCUUUAUUAUUUGCAAGAUAUAUACUGAACAGGUGGGGUGAGGGGAAAAUAGAAGAAAUGUGGGAUAUGACUGACUGAAUAUUUUUUUUAGCACUUCCAAUUGGUAUUAAAGUCAUUGUUGUAUGACCAUUACUUGAGCCUAUUGAUCUCAAAGUUCUAUUAAUGUUUCAAGAAAACAGCCUGUGAACUUUUUUCCUAUUUGAAGACAAACUGUGUACAAAUGAGAGAGUGGGAGUAGAAAAUGUUAGAUACAGGUUUCUAAGUGCUUUUCAGCAAUAAUAUGAGGAACGGGGAUAGGAGAUUUGAUUUUUAGCAUAAAAAAGGGCGGUGGCUCCCAUUAAUAAUAGAUGGAAGCUUGUUUAGCAAACAUAAUGGAGAUUUUUUUUUAAGGUCAAAUGCACAGGUCAUAGGCACACAAGCUACUUCUAUAAAAUGUACUGUGAAAUAAAAUCUGAAUUACAUAGCAUUUUAUGGGUUCUAGGUCUAUGGUAUCCAUUUUGAAUUUGAAAUGUAGCCAUAGGUCUUUCUCAAAAUCAUAUUGAAGGUAUUUUUGGUCCUCAUUUUCCAGUGAGAUCAAUAUCUUAGCGAUAAGUUUUAAAGAUAGGUAAUGUUUUUUGGGGCACUUCAGGUCUGCACUUGCAAUUUUUGGAAUGUCCUUUCUUUUUUGAUAGAGGAGGGAUAGUCAAAAUGCAUUGAUUGUGUGUUGUUGUCUCUCCUCAGUUUUGAUGCUGAGAUUGUGGUAAUGUUAACUGAAUAUUUUUUAUUUUCCUCUUUCUUAAUUCUAUUUAGCAUGCAAUACCAUUUCCUUGUUACGUGCUUCAGCUAUAGCAAGCCAUCCAGUGUCUCGCAGAAGGUCAUCAGAAGCAGUGAAUGUGGUUUAUUUGCAUUUAUUUAAUGACUGACUUACCCCCAAACACCAGGUUCCAUGCACUCUCCCCCCCCUCCCAGGACUGGACCCUAAAAUGUUUUACCGUCACCAAGCAAUCACUGAUGUCGUUUCCUUUCUGCUAGUACUAUGUCAGCUGGCUGGUGUAUUUUUAUAUUAGCAUUUUUUUCCAAGGGCCUUUCCUCCAUGCCCCUCAGCUGUCCUGGGUAGGCCCAAUAUCCCCCCGUCCCCCCCGACCUCUCUUCCAAUUAGCACGACUGAGGUGCACGAGGGAGCCCACGACACCUCUCUCGGUGCUCUUGUUGUGCUUUCAGCUUGAAACUUGCUGGUAGGAUACGAAAACUUCCUCAAAAGCAAGCCAGUGUCCGGGGGUUGAUUAUACAAAAUGAUCACAUGAUAUACCUGAGAAUGAAACUGUAGCUACAAUGGGCUUUUUCAUUUAUGUUUAAUGAAUUCUUAAUGAACUUCAUGCAUUGUUGUCUAAUUUAUAAUUUUUUUCUGUUAUUUACAUUUGACCAUGCAUUUUAUGCUACCAGAGUAAAAUAUUUAAGCCAAACAGAAAUCAUGUUUUUUGAUACCAUAGAGGCAUAAUCUGUGUAACACUUGUUUACUAAGAAUUGUUUGAUAAAACAAUCGUUUCUGUAGUAUUGUAGAAUAGGGUAUUUAUUAACUAAACUAGACAAAAUGUAUUUGAGAUAAUGUUUCGUUACCGCAUACAAUUUAUGGUUUACUGUACAUUAAGGUUAUGAUCUUAAUUUUUAUGUGGUGUGAAGCAGUGUUAUACUUUCUUUUCUUUUCUUUUGUAUCUCAAAACAAAAUAUAUAAGGUUAUUGUUACUGAAAUGUUCUCUGUUGAGUAAUAUGUUUAGUGUGGACUGUAGAUGGAAAUACUGUACAUUUGACACUGGAGAAUCACCUUUUUUUUUUAGUGUGUUAACUUUGCCCAUUUAUUAAUGUUCAUCUGUAACUUCGGGAUAAUGCUUUACAAUGAAUGUCUAGGUAAGAUCACCAUUUCUCAAGUCAGCUAAAGAUAUUUUUAGAUAUUUUUAUAGAGGGUACAUGAAGCAAAUUCAAUCCUCCAAAACAUAGUUGUUAAGCAAACCAUUAACGAAUUAGGUGGAUGCAUCUUUUGCAUGUAUGGAUAAUGCACAAUUAAAGAGUGGAAAGAAAGUUAAACAAAAAUGAAAAAGAAAAUUGAAAGUUUAAAAGAUGAAUGAAAAUUAAAAAGAGAUUAAAAUAGGGAAAAUGGCUCGACUUGUGAGCACAAGUUUCAAGAAAGAGCAGCAAUUGUUGUAACAACCUAACCUGCAACACAUGCUGUUAUUUACACACCCGUUUACGGACCCUAGAUUAGGUGAAGUCCGGCAACGUAGUACAGUGCUGCAUCGGGUUAUUGGGCUGGACUUUGCGGCCAGUGAGGCUUCACCGUCAGCAGAAGACUGAUGUUUGGCAGCCUGUCUGACCAGUUGAGAUUCCCAGUGGUAACCUGAGCUGCAGUUCUAUGCUUAUCUAGUCAAUCAGUUGACCCUCUCCCUUUGUAUGUUGUCUUCAUUGUUAGACAUCAUAUUGAAUGUUUAUGUAAUAUAUAUACAUUAUAUAUAUAAAUUAUGAUUUUUUUUCAAUUUUUUUCAAUCUUUAGUAAUUAUCACUGUUGGCUUGCCAAAAGGAAAAUGAAAAGAGAAAAGAAGGGGAAAUCUCCUCUGUGGUGGGCUGUGGUAGGUGUUUAAGAAUGUAUUUUACUGAGAGCAUACUGUAUGUUGACUAUCGAGAUUUUGUUUUUCUUUUUUAUAUUAUGCAAAGAGAGAGUAUUGUUGCUUUAUUUGGGAAUACUCUUUAAUAUAUAUUUGAUGUUUAGAGUAGGAAUUCUUUUCAACCCAAUAUUUGUUGCUAUGAUUAUGAGCAUUUAGAAAAUCCUAUUAUGUAAUAACAUGUUGUGAUCCUUUCCAAAUAACUAUAUUCUAAUUUAAGGAGUUAGAAACCCUUUUUAUUUUAAACGAUUAUAUUAUACUUGUUGUUGAACUGUAUAAGAUGCAUAUUAGUAUAUUUUGUUGAAUUUAUUGCAUUCAAAUUAUGCAGAUUUCUUGAGACAUGAUGCACUUCACUCGUUUUGGAUUUACUGUACUCACCCGUAAGAACACUAGUAGAAAUAUGCAACCCUAAUAUCCAGGGGUAUGUACCAUGGAUAGAGUAGACAUUAAAUUAUUUUCAAUAUUAAAAA